CCAAUUGCAGGUCUAUUUCCUGAAGAAGCUCGUGUUUUGAGGAAUAUUUCCGAAGACCCUCUUAUCACUCUACUGCCACUCUCUCCAAAUCCUUCUAAAUUCAUCCCUUUUACUAAAAUCACACCUAAACAUCUCAAAAUAUUAAACCUCAAUCCUAAAGGAUUCUUAUGGCCAGAAGAAGAAAAGUUGUUUCAACAUAUCAUGCAGCUCAACGAGGAAGCAUUAGCUUUCGAAGAAACUGAUUGUGAUACUUUGAAAGAAUCUUACUUCUUACUAUAUAUUUAUCUAACAGUUCCCCAUACUCCAUGGGUCUACAAGAAUAUUCCAAUUCCACUAGGUAUCAAGGACUAG